AUGAUAUCUUCUAUAGAAGUGCAUCCAACUAAUUCCCUUUGGCGACAGGACCAAGUUGCGAGAACGAGGUCAGACCACAUCUAUCCCGGUUUCUUUUUCAAUCAUAAUUUCUCCUCGUUUCAACUCGCUUUCUUCGUUCUCGUCGCCUCCUUUCUUCCACCCACCCGAUACCUGACCCAAGGUCUGCACACUGGCAGGACGGUGGCGGGAGUGGUCGGCAUCAAAAUGCCGCGAUACUGCCUCUUCGGCGACACCGUCAAUAUCGCUCUUCAAUUAGAGGCGACAGGAGCGUUGGUGGACCAAACUUCUAACUUGUCAAAGUAUGGUACAUCUUGCGUCAGCACCAUCGAAAAAUGCAGCUUUCAGAGCCAAAUGCUGCCAGCAAAGGCAAGUCACCAUCACCGCCUUCAAAAUAAUGAUGUAUCUCAAAAUCGUGAUGCUCUGCACACUCGUGACGAGAGAAUAUUCGCUUAG